CGCCGUCCGGGUCCUCCUUCCGAUUGGCUUCAAACGCCCCUUGUUCAAGAUGGCUUCCAGAAACAUCCUCGGCUCUUUGCCCUCACUAAAGAAGGCCGAGAGCGGCGUCUUUGCCACAAGCUAGUGGAGCCAAUGGCCGGCGUCGCUGCCUGGACAUCACGUGAGAGCCGGGGGCUGCGCCUGUUCUUACGUCUCUUCCUACCCAGGUUAGUGGCGUAGCGGAUGCACGGCAGCGAGCGAAAUCAUUUGUAUAAUUUGCAGUAACCAUGCUGGCAGCAAGGCUAUUUUGUCUGCGGGCACUGCCAGGCCGAAAUCUCCGUCCUGCCCUGCCUUGCCCUCCAGCUCUGAGAAAUUCCAGCAUAAGGCCAAGUCAGUGGCUUUGGCAGCAAAACCAGGGAUAUGCCACCAAAACAAGAAUCGGUAUACGGCCUGGAAAAAGUGGGCUAGAAAUCAAAAAAGCAGCCUUCGAACCGUCAAUGGAAACUGCUUUUAAAGUGACUCAGAUGGGAAGAUGGGUUGUCGCUGGAGGGGCAGCUGUUGGCCUUGGAGCUCUCUGUUAUUAUGGAUUGGGGAUGUCAAAUGAGAUUGGAGCUCUUGAAAAAGCCCUUAUUUGGCCUCAGUAUGUGAAAGACAGAAUCCACUCUACCUACAUGUACUUUGCAGGAAGCAUUGGCUUGACAGCAGUAUCUGCUGUAGCAGUCAGCAGAUCUCCUGCACUCAUGAGGCUCAUGACAAAGCGAUCUUGGCUGGCAAUAGGUGCAACAUUUGCUGCUAUGAUUGGUGCUGGAGUGCUGGUUCGGUCAAUACCCUAUGACAGUAGUCCUGGUGCCAAACACCUGGCCUGGAUGUUGCAUUCAGGUGUCAUGGGUGCAGUGGUGGCUCCUUUGGCCUUCUUGGGUGGCCCUCUACUGAUCAGAGCUGCCUGGUACACAGCAGGGAUUGUUGGAGGUCUCUCAAUGGUGGCCAUGUGUGCACCAAGUGAGAAGUUUCUGAACAUAGGAGGACCACUAGGAGUGGGUGCAGGCUUCAUUGUUGCAUCUUCAAUUGGAUCUAUGUUUUUGCCUCCUACUUCAGCACUUGGUGCUGGCCUAUAUUCUGUAGCAGUUUAUGGUGGAUUGAUACUCUUUAGCCUGUUCCUGCUGUAUGAUACACAACACAUUAUUAAACAUGCAGAAACUCAUCCAUUUUACGGAGUAGUAAAAUAUGACCCCAUCAAUGCGUGUCUGGGCAUCUACAUGGAAACACUGAACAUCUUUAUCCGGGUGGUCGCUAUGCUUGCUACUGGUGGGAAUGCAAAGAGAAAGUGACUUUUUUCUUUGCAGCUAUCUGAUCACUCACCAAACACUUCUUAAGUCUUCUAUCCAAUAAAAUGUGAUAUUGCAUAGUAAGCUCAUACAAAUCAGCUUGAAGUAUUUCAGCAUCAUUCUUGUGUUACAGUACAGUGAGAUUCAGAAUUAAUAGUAUUUUUCUUCCCCUCAAGAACACAUUUCUUAGUUAACUUGUGGCUUUAAAAAAAAAGAAUUUGAACUAGUACUUUCAAAUAUGUACAUAUUCUCAAAAUUAUGUUCUAAAUAUAUGCAACCAAUAUGAAGCCUGUUCAUCUGAAAUAUUUUUUUCAAGCGUUUAGUUCAGUAACUCGCUGUACAAAAAGAGCAAGCUCUCAAAAAAAAAAAAAAAAAAAAAAAAGAGGAAUAAAGCAUGCAGGAAGCUGGCCCAGGAGAUGGUACUGGAAUAAGGAAUCUUGUAACAAAAAAACAACUGGAUGGUGUUUGAAAGCUAGUACUGUCUGGUAACAGUUGGGUGAUUUGUAUAUCAGCGAACUAGUUUUUAAUUCCUCAAUCAUAGGUGGACCUUUAUAACAUCUUAGCAGAAAACUUUGUGUUUCUCUAUGCUGGCUUCAAGGACUGGAUGGAGUAUUGUGAACCUACCUGAAUUGAGGUAGGCAGCAUGAAGACGCUUGUGCUUGCACUAAGUAGAAUGUCUGUCCUACGGAUAAAUAGAACUUCAGCCCCUUUCUGGAGCAGCCUUGAAAGAUGAGGAUGCCCAGUAACUUGAUUUUUGCACUGAGCAGUUUAACUUCCAAAAUUUCAACCCAUAGAAGUAUUAGUCCCAGAAUCCACAAUUUGAGUUAGUAGGUGUUUUUUGUUCAUUAUUCCCCCUGCAAAUACUACAGUUAAAACUCUCACUUGCAGUGGUGAACUCCCAAGGUCUGUAUCUAGAAUGAUCAUUAGCUGGUCAGACAAAUGUUUAGCAAGUUUGAGUGCUGCUGAAACAAAAGGCUUGAGACCUGCAUUCAGUUUCUUUAAAUCCCUGAGUUUUCCCUUCCCCAAACACAUGCCAUACAGGUGACAUUUAAAGUUCAUUCUGUUUUGGAUCAUACUGACUUGCCAAAGAAACUACCACUUUAGUAGCAGUUUGGGAUCUCAAAGAACGCCCCUGCUAAGAUUCAUUGUGAACUUUGGCAAGGAUGCAUUUGUCUUUAUCUAGUAUCACACUUCAUAAAUCAAAAAACUACAAGAUUGGGUUAACAGAAAAUAUUCUGAAAUUACUAUGUGCCAGGUGUUGUUGGAAAACCUUUAGUAUAGAAGCAGUAAGAUUUUUUUCCUUUUUUUAAACAAAGUUAGUGACCAGUUCUGGUAUAGGUCGUAUCAAACCAAAGUUUUUGUUUUCUCUUAUCUAAAAAAUGCUAUGCUUGUGUAGUUGAUGUCUGACACAAUAAAGUUGUAACCCAGCA